AUGGCGUCAUCGUUCCAGUACGGUUUUACGCUGCCGAACGGCACCAAGAUUAUUCAUGGCGAAGGCGUACUGGUAAAGGAUGCCUAUCCCCCUGAGCUCAACAUUUCGGGCCAGUUACAGGUAUUCAGCCCAGGCCAUAGAGACGACGCCACCAUACCGGGAUUUCACGGGCCACAGGGCAUCUUCUCUUUUAACGUCAAUCUCAGAAUGCCUCGUCAUGUCCACAUAGCUCCAAGAGAAUCCGGCUCCGGCAAUCGAUAUAUUAUAGAAAAGAUACUCGUCUUGAAUGGCGUUGCCCUCGCCGAGCUCGGCGGCGAGAUUUACAUCAUCCCACCCAACACCAUGGUCCUCAUCGGUGCCGGUGUGCCCCACACCUGGACAGCCUGUCCUCCCGGGCUCGACCUGUCGGAGCUCGGAGUGUCUAUAGAUGAAAGAGUUAUCUCUGAGGGCAAAUUCACGGCUGUUUACGAAUACGAGGAACCCACGGGCUUCUAUCCGACAGCCCAGACAGAAAUACUAGAGAGUGAGAGUGAUUACGUGAGAUGCGACGAUCUUCAAGAGAUUAGAAUUCCCGAGUUCACUCUCGAGCAGCUUAAGAAGAAGGCGUGGAUUGUGUGGGGAAGACAAGCGUGGAAACUGGUUGAAUGA